AUGAAAAUUGACCCUAAUGAAAUUGGUAGCUCUUCUUGGAUUUUUCAAGAAAUAAAAUAUCUUUCUGAUUUGUCAAAUGAAAAAUUAGAUAAUUUCUUUUUAGCUAUUACUGAGAGUUUAGAAUGGAUUAAUGAAUACAUGGAAGAUGUUGUUAAUUUUUGUGAAAGUGCAUUUUGUGAUAAUUUUAAAAUGCUUUCACCAGCUUCUGCACAACAGCUAUUAACCUAUGAAAAGGAUUCUUGCGAUACUGCUUCUCAAACAUAUUCUAUACAAAAGCCUAUAUUGUUUAAAAACAUAGGAUUUGCGGUUGUCUCUUCUCCAUUAAAAAAUUUCAAGGAAGAUGAAUCUACUAAUAUUUCUGAAAAUAUAGAUAUUGAUUAUGAAGAUGAUAUUUUAAGGGAAAGCUGUAAUGAUGAUUUUUCGAUGAUGGAAACUAAUAAUGAACAAAAUAUAAAUUUGAAAUAUGAUUCGUCUUCUAGAGUUAUGGAAAUGAUUACUGAAGAAGAUGAGGUAGAUGUAGACGAAGAAAUCCUUGAUAUUGUUGAAAUGAAAGAAUCGCCAAAAAGUAAUAAGUUAGAAAUAAUGCAUUCAAGUAUUUCAAAAGAUCAUAGCAUUGCGUCUUCUGAAAAGAAACAUCUUCAAUCUAACUCAUCACAUAGUUUUUGUUUUUCAGAGGAUUCAUUAAUGGCUGCAGAUAUUGAAGAAUCUAUUGAGUCAAAAAAAGAUAUUACAAAUGCUUCAAAAUAUAAAAAUGUUAUAUCUCCAAUACAAAAUUUAAAUCUAUCAUGUCAUUUGGAUUCUCAAAAUGUUUCUAGUUUUGGUGUGCAUUCUGGGUCUACAUCUAUAGUACAUUCUCAUUUUUCACCUCCUACUAAUUCAGUUAAUAUGACGUCAUUUGCUUCGCCUGUGGUAAUGUCAUCAUUAAAUUUUGUUUCACUUCCUCCAAGGGAACCUCUUAAUACAAAAAAGUCUUUAGGAAAAAGGAUUUCACAGCAUGGAUCUUUUUGUGAAACUACGAAAAUUCAAAAAACAUUGGAUUCGAAAUUACUUGGAAUAUUGAAAAAUGAGAAACAAGGAGACAAUUGUAUCUUAGAGAAUAAAUCCUUAGAAGUUUUACAAAAGCAAAAUUAUGUUUUCGAUGGAAUAUUAGAAAAAAAAUCAACUUUUAAUGAAAUUGAUCCUCUUAAUGCUGGUGAACAAAGGCUUAAAACUGUAUUUACAAAUGGAAGUCAGAGGAUACAUGAAGCAUUAAACUCUCUUCGUACAGCGAAGCCCGUAUCUGAACAUUUCAAACCUGUUUUUACUGAACAGAAAUUACAAACAGAUGUAGGGAUAAAAUUGAAAGAACUAGAUGAAAAUUCAAUGUCAUUAAAUAAAAAAAAUAAUACUGUUGAUAACGUUAUUAUUGGGUUAGACUUAGGUGAAACAGUCUCUUCAAAAAAUGAGGAAUAUUUCACUUCUAAAAUUGAUGUAAAUAAUUCUAUAGAUAUAAGCAUAGAGCAAAAGGAACAACUAUCUUCUUUCAAUUCUGGCGAUAAUAAAAGUAAUACUGAAUCUACUGAUGAAAAACAAAUAGUUUUGAAUAAAUCGGAUGAUACAUUUCGGCAUCGAACAUCUAUUAUAAAUAUGCCAACUAUUUCUGUUAUAGGGGCAAUACAGGCUGCAAGGAAUUCAGCAGCCCAAGUUAUCCGAAAAGCAACAUCAGUUUUUUUUAGCCCUUCAUUAAAAAAGAUAUCAAGAGAAUCUUUAGGAAAGUUUUCAGCAGACUCAUUAGAAAGUCUUGAUAAUUUGCAUGAUGAAAAUGUAUGCCCAGAAACCAUAAUAGGGUUAGAAUGUGAAACAGACUCAGAAAAAAAUAAUGAAGUUUCUAAGAAUACAAUAUAUAAAACAAAUAUAGAAUCUAACAAUAUAAUCGAAACGAUGCAUAAUUCUAUAAAAAUACCUGAUUAUAGAAAAGAAGGAAGUAUUGAUGAGAUUCAAUUUUUGGUUAAAAAAUCUUCAUCUAAUUUAUCAGACUCUAUUUCUCAUGAGACAAAUGCAGUAAAUAAAGUUGGUUCUCAAGGGUUCUCAUGUAAAAUUUUAAAGAAAAUUUCACCUUCUCAACAAGCAAAAUUAAACAACCUUAAUCCAACUCCAGUGAUAAAAAAUAAACCAGUUUCUAUAAAAGUAACAACAGCAUCACAAAGGCAAGUAGAUCUUAUGGAAAAAAGAAAGAUGCAGAAAACAAAUCUUAGAACAUCGUCAAAACAAGACCUUAAUACACAUUUUUCUCAAAAUCAAGAAAAUUGUUCUACAAAAGACCCAGUACAAUAUAAUAUAUCCCAUUCUCAAGAACCUUCUAUUUUAGCUCAAUCACGACCACAAAAACGAUUAAUAGUUUCUAAGGGAAUCAAAGCACUUACUGCGGCUACUAUCGCUAGAAAAAAGGAACAAGAAGAAAAAGACAGAAAAUUGGCACAUAAAAAAGAAAUAGAACGUAAAAGACAAGAAAAUCUCAAAAAACAAGAAGAAAGCAAAAAACAAGAACAAUGGCAUCGAGAAGACACCCAACGCAAACUUCAACAUGAAAAAAUUAAUGAUAUAAAAAAGAAACCUAUAUUGGAAACAAAUGAGCAUUCAUCUUCUAUGACAAAAAAGACACCUAUAAAAUCCUCGGAAAAAAAUACUCGAGGACCUCUUGAAGAUAUUAUUAAUAAUGAUGGGAAGAAUAGAGAAACGUUAAAUGCGGAAAACAAGCCAUUUAAAAGAGUACUUCAAGAUGAAUUAGUACAAGAAAACUGGGGCACCUUUUCUACUUCGAAUAAACCUGCAUUCCAAGAAGCAAAAAAGCGUAAGACAGACGAACAUUCACAAAAAACUGCUACCACAUCCUCUAAUCAUAUCCCUGCUGCAAAAAAUAACAGCAAAGAUUCACGUUUUUCCAGAACUCAAGCGAAAGAAAAGGGUUUGCAUUUCCAUCUUCAAGUUAUACCUCAAAAACAAACUAAGUCUUUACAAAAUCGAUACCCAGGAAAUCAACAACCAUUUCCUUUGAAAACUACAAAAAAUACUGGUCCUAUGGUGGACUCAGUAAAGUUUUCGUCUGAUAAUAUUAGAUUUGGAGGAGAUUCCUCCAAGCCCUGCUCUACUCAGCAAUUUCCACCACCAGAAUCCAUUGAGCUUCCUGAGAUCGAUAGCGAGUAAACCAUUGACCUAGGAACUAGUUGACUAUUGCUCACUUGUUAUAGUUAUUCUGACGACGACGAGCUCAAAAAACAGUUCAAAUUGUCCUUGCCCCAAUGGGCCGAGUCUCCCGAGCUAGCUCAGAUCUUGAAAAAGCAAGCAAAAAUAGACCCAGAUCAGAUCUUUGGCCCUAUGAAGCCCCUACACAUGGAAGAAAUAUUCCGGGGCAAGGAAAGAGCUCAUUCACGCUUUAGAUCACGGAGCUCCUCUGCUAAUUGGUCAGGCCAGGACCGCCUAACAGAGCAAGAAAUCGAAAACUAUGCCAAAAUAAUGGGCUACCGCGCCUGAUCAGAGCCUGUCUGGUCUUUGCUAACUAGGCGCCAACUAGAGUUCAACUGGGACAGCUGGACUCAUGGCACUCA